GAAGAGAAGAAGAAAGAUGGAAGGCGCGAAUAUGGCGGAAAAUGAAAGUAUAAACAUCAAUAACCUCGAACUUCAGAAGAUUGUAAACCGAUGGAUAGUGGAUUAUUACUUUUCUGUGGCGGUGGAGUUCUUUAAAAACCAUCAAUAUGCGGACUUUUGUGGCGUUAGAACCAUAUUGGACAAUGUCCUUGAACGUCCAACUGAAUCCGUUGAUGACAUGUUGUUAAAGCUCAGGGUGUUGCAGUUCCUCUCACGCAUUAAUGAAGGCGACAAACUUAAUGCUUUGUUUGAUCCAGAUCAGUCAAAAACUUCUCUGGAAUCGGCCCUAGAUUUGCUGGAAAACAUGAGAACAACUUUCCAAAUUCCUCAUAGGGAUAUUGACUCUGCAUCCACCAUAAUUAAAGAGAUGAGGGACAUAUUCAGCCGUCUCAUCCGUCAGCAGAGGAGCACGCACAAGAUCAUCGACCAGCUCAACUUUCCACAGUUUAAGACGGAGAUGCUGCAGUUUUGCCAGAAGAUCUGUCGCUUUACCGUCCCGUACCUUCACAAGGCUGCAAAGAUGCUUCUUUUGCAAAGAAUCGAAGUACAACAUGAUGAGACAGCUGGAGUUGAUGAGCAAGAGGAGCCUAGUCCUUCCUCUUGCGUACAAACAAACACAGUUCGGCUCACAUCAAGAAAGUAUCAAAUCAUCCAAAAAGCUAGUCUUGAAAUUGCCUACAAAGCCUUAGCUGAGGGGUUGGAAGAAAAAACAUUUUCUGAGUUGGAGGAAGAAGUGGAGGCUGAAGCUCAGGAAGGGGUUUGCCUUUGCCAGCAACGCUCACUUGAUCCAAAGAGAGGUGACGAUCAGAGCCUAGACCAAGAAGCACGGCUUCAGAGAGACUCCUGCGGCCCUAUGGAAGCUUCCCCAGCGGAACAGCCACCGCAGAGAGACGCAGAGCAGCAAGAUCAGACAGGGUCAUUAUAUACUGUGGCCCGCUUGGUAGUUGAACCAGACAGCCAGGUGAGCACACAGUACUCAAUAGCUGAAGAAGAGCUGGAGAGGAGGACAGAAAAACCUCCACAGACGCCACCAACAAACAACAGCUCACAGGGUCCACUUACUGAAAAUCAGGUAGAAAUUCCCACAAGAAUCCCAAGGCGAACUAAUGGAACACAAACAAGUAGAAAUUCCAACAGAUCCAGUGUAUCAUCAGAACAUGAAGAAGAGCUACAGGAGAAGUUGAACACCUCCAGAUCUCCAAUGAAGAGAGCUGAUGAACAACCAUCCAGAGGUUCUCCCAGUUGUGAGGUAGACAGCAUCGAAAGUUUACCAGACUCUCCGUUGGACAUCUCCCCAAAUACGUCCUCUCAUCAGGUCCCUCAAAAAAACUCCACUCCUCACAAAGGCGCUAACAGAAAAUUAAAACUCCUAAUGAAAAAUGCAGAAGGGAGCAAGGUUGAAUGGAAGGACGAAGAAUCCUUUUUCCCCUCCUUAGGGAACAGUGGUUCAAAUUCAGGAAAAAGGAAAAGGGAGUGGACUGAGAAAGAGACGGAGAUGCUAAGAGAAGGGGUCAAGAGGUUUGGAGAGGGUAACUGGAGCAGGAUCAAGGCUCACUUCCCCUUUAAAAACCGAACCAACGUGAACCUGAAAGACCGGUGGAGGACAAUGAAAAAGAAAAACUUGGUUUAAGUUGAUUUUGUUCAUUCAUUCCCGAGGCCAUUUGGGGGGGUUUAUGGUCUGAAAACUGUGAUAAAAUAAAUUUUAAAAAAAUCAUGGUUAUACAAUGUCUCUUUCCAACAACAUAAAAUAACAGGAUUUGAAUUUGUUAUUGUUUUCUGCUGACUUGUAUGGAAAAAAAUGUUAAGACUGAAUUUAGACAUUCAUUUUCUAGUUAUCUUUACCACUUAAAGCACUUUCUCCUAGAAGCACUCCAGCACAUCUAGAUCAGGAUCAUUAAGUGCCUUGCUAGGGGAACAUUGACC